UGUCAACAUUUCUUCGCUAGGAAGUCCUGUGAUUUUUGGCUGCAUGGACACAUCUUCAAAGACGUGGCUGCCGCAUCAGACUCAGUUUGGGUUGGUUGGUCAAGCGGAGGUUUGCUGUGCUGGACCAGGAGUGUUAACCCCAAACCAAUCUCGCAGGGCAAGUUUUGCCUCUGUAAGACAGUCGAGCAUGGAGACUCCUCCCAAUACGACCCCUCAGCCCUUCAGGCAGCCGAGUUUCCUCAAUCGAAGGCUGAAGGGCUCCAUAAAGAGGGCCAAAAGUCAGCCCAAACUGGACCGGACCAGCAGCUUCAGACAAAUGAUUUUGCCCCGAUUUCGCAGUGCUGACCAAGAGAGGACACGCUUGAUGCAGAGCUUCAAGGAAUCCCACUCCCACGAGUCCCUUCUGUCCCCCAGCAGUGCAGCAGAGGCUCUGGACCUGGUUCUGGAUGAAGAGGCCAUCAUUAAGCCUGUCCACUCUAGUAUUUUGGGACAAGAGUACUGCUUUGAGGUCACCACCAAUUCAGGGACAAAAUGUUUUGCUUGCCGUUCAGCAUCAGAAAGAGACAAGUGGAUUGAAAAUCUGCAACGAGCUGUCAAACCAAACAAGCAGAACUUCUCCAUGCACUUUCAGGAUAACAGCAGGCGGGUGGACAAUGUGCUCAAGUUGUGGAUCAUUGAGGCGCGAGAUCUCCCAGCUAAGAAACGCUACUACUGUGAGCUGUGCCUGGAUGACAUGCUGUACGCUCGCACCACCAGCAAACCCCGCACGGACACCGUCUUCUGGGGGGAGCAUUUUGAAUUUAACAACCUGCCUACCAUUCGUAGCCUUCGCUUGCACCUCUACAAGGAAACAGACAAAAAGAGACGCAAGGAAAAAAGCACGUACAUCGGCCUUGUCAGCAUCCCCAUAUCCAGCAUCACGGGCCGGCAGUUCGUUGAGCAGUGGUACCCGGUUAUACAGUCCAGUGUUCUGGCCAAAAGCGGCGGCGUUGGAAGUGCCAAGGUGAUCAAUGCUUCGCUGCGUAUCAAGUCUCGCUACCAGACCAUGAACAUCCUCCCCAUGGAGCUGUACAAGGAGUUUGCGGAGUACAUUACCAACAACUACCGAACCCUCUGUGCAGUCCUGGAGCCGCUGCUAAGUGUGAAGAGCAAAGAGGAGGUGGCAUUUGCUCUGGUGCACAUCCUUCAAAGCACAGGGAAGACAAAGGAGUUCCUGUCAGACAUGGCGAUGUGUGAGGUUGAUCGAUUCAUGGACCGUGAGCACUUGAUAUUUCGGGAGAACACUCUCGCUACGAAGGCUGUGGAAGAGUACCUCAAACUAAUAGGCCACAGAUACCUCAAGGAAGCUAUAGGUGACUUCAUUCGAGCCUUAUAUGAGUCUGAGGAGAACUGUGAGGUGGACCCCAUGCGUGUCCCGCCAUCCGUCCUCGCCGACCAUCAAGCCAACCUUCGCAUGUGCUGCGAGCUCUUACUCUGCAAGAUUAUCAACUCCCUCUGCAUAUUUCCCCGGGAGCUGAAGGAAGUCUUUGCCUCUUGGAGAGCCAGAUGUGCCGAGCGUGGGAGGGAGGAUCUCGCCGACAGCCUCAUCAGCUCCUCCUUGUUUCUGCGCUUCAUGUGCCCGGCCAUCAUGUCACCGUCGCUGUUCAACCUGAUGCAGGAGUACCCCGCCGAGCGCACGUCUCGCACGCUCACGCUCAUAGCCAAGGUGAUGCAGAACCUGGCCAGUUUCAGCAAAUUUGGACCCAAGGAGGAGUUCAUGUAUUUCAUGAACGAGUUCCUGGAGAUGGAGUGGGGCUCCAUGCAGCAGUUUCUCUACGAGAUUUCUAACCUGGACACCGGAGGGAACGCCGGGGGCUUUGAGGGCUACAUCGACCUGGGCAGGGAGUUGUCCAUGCUGCACAGUCUGCUGUGGGAGGUCAUGGGCCAGCUCAGCAAGGAUGCCAUUCUGAAACUGGGCCCUCUGCCGCGGCUGCUGAAUGACAUCAGCGUGGCCCUGAGGAACCCGCAACUCCACAUGCCCACCAAUCACCAGCCGGACCGACCCAAGGACCGGCUCUUCACUCGCCCGUCUUUCAAUCGCCUCAUGUCCUCCGACUUCCAAAGCCUUAUGAUGCGCGACCUAAACAGUUCAAUCGACAUUUCUCGCCUGCCGUCUCCUACGACUGGAGUCUCAGCGGUCGAAUCCCUCUCAUCGAACCUCAACAUGAGGCGGCUCGCUGAGCGGGACUUCCGCUCCUCCAGGGAGGUGUUUUACGUCACCCGCCCACCGCUGGCUCGCUCCAGUCCGGCCUACUGCACCAGCAGCUCAGACAUCACAGAGCCCGACCCCAAGGUCCACAGCGUAAAUAAAAGUGUGUCCAUGAUGGACCUGCAGGACUCCCGGAUGAACAGCAUUUCCAACCUGAACUCCGUGGGAGACAUGCUCGCCUCGUCUCAAGCCUCCAUCGCCGGUCUGGGCCACAGCUUUGGGAACCUGGGCGGGCCUCUGCGCAUGGGAGGGCAUUUGCCGCCGGGUUCAUCCGGCUCUGGUCUGAGACUUAGCCAGAUGGGCCACGUGGGGGGCCCCACAGAAGCCAUCUCUCAGCAACAGCAGCAGGCGGCAGCGGCGAUGCACUUCCCCCUGUCUUUCCAGAACCCACUAUUCCAUCUGGCUGCCCAGAACUCCCCGGCUCAGUCCCAGCCGGCGCCCCCUCCCCCUCCUCUCCUCCUGGCCCCCGAGCCUGAGAAUGGCCACCCCGACUACCAGCACGCCUUUGGCAACAGUGCUUUCUCCCGCAGCGAGGACUUGUCGGCCCUGCGGUCGCAGAGCAGCCUGGUGCAGCCCAGCAUCGUCCACUCGCACAGCUACAGCGACGACUUCACCCGGCAGAACCAGAGCAACGACUACGCCUGGCACCAGCUGUCCCUGCAGGUUCAGGAAUCCCUCCAGCAGCAGCACCUGAUGGGAAUGACAUCUCAGUCGGGCACCGGCACGGGCACCCCGGCCUCCCUGGCAACACCCCCAACUACAGUUCAUCAUCCCGUCCGCCAGUCGUCCAUGGCCCCACAGCACCUGAAAUCCCAGCGGUCCAUUAACGUUCCCGCCACUGCGACGCCUCCGAGGGUCCGUCCACAGAGCAGGAACCUCCUCCUCGACUCGUCCGACACCAACUUCACCGGCAGUCACCCCAAAUCCCGCCAAACUCAGCAGGCGCCGCAACAGCAACAGCAACAGCAACCGCAACAUCAGCAGCAGCCUCAACAGGACUCGCAGCUGUCACUGACGGACAGUCCAGCUCCUGGGCUUCCGUACCAGACGAGCUCCGCCAAAGAGAACCAGGCCUCGGCCGCGGCUGCAGAAGAGUCAACAGAUACGCCCACGAAAAGCAACAAAAAGCAUCAGCCGUCACAGCUGCAGCCGCCGCAGCAGCAUCUGCUCAAACCAGUCCCCAAUAAACAGGGAAACAGCCAGGGCAUGAAUGAGCGGACAGUGGCGUGGGUUUCCAACAUGCCCCAUCUCUCUGCCGACAUCGAGAGUCUGCGGCCGGACCGGGAGGGCCAGCUCAAAGAAUACUCCAAGAGUAUGGAUGAGUCAAGACUGGAGAGGGUGAGAGAAUACGAAGACGAAAUUCAUAACUUGAAGGAGCGUCUGAAGAUGUCCCAUCGCAAACUUGAGGAAUAUGAGCAGAGACUCAUGAGCCAGGAACAGCAGACCAGCAAGAUCCUGAUGCAGUAUCAGAACCGGCUGGAAGACAGCGAGCGCCGCUUAAAGCAGCAGCAAGUGGAGAAAGACUGUCAAAUCAAAGGCAUCAUCAACAGACUCAUGGCUGUGGAGGAUGAGCUGAGAGGGGGUGCCAUUCCUGAUAUUAAGCCUCGAAUCCUCACAGACCAGUCUAUCGGCCAGGGAUAUGGGGGCCACCCAGGAUCCUGACUGCCAGCUCCAAGCGGACCAGAGCUCAUGAGGAUCACUCAGGUGUAGGAAGGCCCAAACAGAUGCUUUUACAGACAACCCCAUCAAGGCAAAGCUCCACGAAGGACUGCUGGAGGGACCAUCUCACUACAUUAUUUAAAAAAAAACAACUUGCACAUACUCAAACUUAGCCUGAACCAGAACCAGAACCAGAACCAGAGGCUGACAAUCAUCCAUCGGGAGGAUCACGUGUGCAGUGAAUCUUCUGCAAUACAAGCCAGAGCCACAAAAAUCGCAAUUAUUCAGUGAGUUUCUAUAGCGGAUUAUAGGAGGAAGUGUGUGUGAGAUUCAGGAUUUUCCCUCAUUCAAGCACUUUUUUACACAAACGGCUCCGGAUGAAAUAAAUAAAAACAAAACAAAUAAAACUGGCUUUUAAUGAGCACAAUAUCCCUCAAUGGUGACGCCUUUGAUACUCAUCAAUGGGCCAUCUAUGACCCUCAGAUGCAGGACCCAAACAAAGACCUUUUUCACCAUUUCUGGUUCUGAUCGGCUCUAUUUUAGUGUUGAUAGUACAGCCGUCUCAUCGUACAACGAUGCUUACGUACAAUCUGAAACCUCUUGCUUUACUUUUACCUUCAGCACACGACGCGCUGACUUUCAUUGUGUACAAGAGCACUUUUCUUAAUUCUACUAAAACUUUUAAAUUAUAUUUUAUGUUUUUUCAUAUUGUAUUAUUAUUAAUAUUAAUAUAAAAACUAAAACAUAUGUGAUUGGACACAAAGUGCUUGUUAUGUAAGAGCAGGUAGAGAGAAUUAGGGAUGUAACGGGCUGCAUUCCAGCUCCUGAUAGUGACGACCAUCAGACCCAACAAACUGCACCCCUAGUGGGACAAAAUGGUAUUACGAGAUGUGUCAGCUCAUCCUCAGUCAUGAGCACAUCGACAGCGGCUCUUUUGUCACCGCGUAGACUGUAUAAAGAGAACGGGACAAACUGUUUGUGACAUUCGCCUGACAGCCGACUUAACUCAGUCAUCACAAGCUACCUUUCUUUGCUUUUUUUAUAACUUCUCUCUCAUGCAGUAAAGGUACCUUAAAUUCAUAGCGAUUGAACCUGUGUUUGUUUCAGAUGUCGUUUCUAUU